CUUGCUUCCACAUAUCAACAAUCCACAUACAAUGUUCCGCCAGGCCACCACCCCCGCCCUCCGCGCCACCGCUUCCGCCUCCAAGCAGCAGGCCCGCUCUUUCGUCUCCAAGGCCCAGUUCAUUGGCCGCCUUGGUGCCACUCCCGAGAAGGGCACCACUGCUGCUGGCAGGGAAUACUUGCGGUAUGCUCUCGCUGUGAGCAAGCCCCCCAAGCGUGAUGCUGAAGGCAAGGUCAUCCUUGACGAGGCUGGCUACCCCGCCCGUGAAUCUUCUUGGUUCACUCUCUUCAGCUUCCGACAGGGCAACGCCGCCGGAAGUCUUGAGAACUUGGCCGCUGGCUCUUUGCUCUACGUCGAGGCCAACAUCGACACUGUCAGCGGCACCAACGCCGACGGUACCCCCAACAAGCAGUACCUCUUCAGGGAGACUUCCCACCGAGUCCUCUCCAAGCCCCGAAGCGAGUAAUCUUGGGGUCUUUCUCAGGGGAUAUCCAUCUGUCUCGGGUGUGGAUAGGUCCUGUGGAAUACGAGGAGAGUGUUGUAUGGAUUGGUAGUCGGUAGAGAAGAAGCACGGACAGUCCGGCACUGAAUGAAUCACCUCUCAAAUACAAGUCCUUUUGUACAA